GAUCUUGGUCCUUUUCUCUUGCCGUCCACCAUCACUCUCACGUUGACACCGGCGCACAUACAUGCGAAAUUUGUUCGUCUGCCGCUUGAUAUUUUCAAGUUUGUCGCCUGACUUCAUCGACGACGAUAAAAACUGGAUUGAAGUUUGUAUUGCUAAUCUUCCUCAGUGAUCAAAUGUUAAUGGAGUUGGAGCUUUAGGAUGUUCGUAUUGCAGUAUGUUGUUUAGGUUUUACAAUUCUUUAAACCUCAAUAUUUUGAGGAGACAAUCUCCGUGCAAAGACACAAGAUUGAAGAGUUUUUUUGGGUUAUUUUGGGAUAUCAACAAACGAAAUAUGUGUGAGGAUGGCAAGGCUAACACCCGGAUUCUUUUUUGUGGACCUCAUUUUGCAGCUUCACAUAACUACACCAAAGAAUACUUGCAGAACUGUCCAUCUAUCCAGGUUGAUGAUCUUCCAUUUGCUAGUAUACCUGAUCUUAUUGGCAACUAUGAUAUCUGUGUGGUGAAAAGCAUGCGGCUUAAUUCAGAUGUUAUUGCUCGUGCAACUCGGAUGAAGCUCAUAAUGCAGUAUGGUGUUGGCUUAGAAGGUAUUGAUAUAGCUGCUGCUACAAACCAUGGAUUAAAAGUUGCAAGAAUUCCCAGUGGGGAAACAGGAAAUGCUGCUUCAUGUGCUGAAAUGGCCAUCUAUAUCAUGUUAGGUCUUCUCCGCAAGCAAAAUGAGAUGCAAUUUGCUGUAAAGCAAAAGAAACUUGGGGAACCAAUUGGGGAUACAUUGCUUGGAAAGACAGUUUUCAUCUUGGGAUUUGGAAAUAUUGGGAUCGAAUUGGCGAAGCGUCUUCGUCCAUUUGGAGUGAGAAUUCUUGCUACAAAACGAAAUUGGUCCUCAUCUGUUCCAGAACCAACAUAUCAAAACGGUACACAUGAGGAUUUGGUUGAUGAGAAAGGUUCUCAUGAAGAUAUAUAUGAGUUCGCAAAGAUAUCGGACAUAGUUGUUUGCUGCUUGACGAUGAAUAAUAUAACGGCUGGUGUUAUAAACAAGAAUUUUUUAUCUUCAAUGAGAAAGGGUGGCCUACUAGUUAAUAUAGCACGAGGGGGUCUCUUGGAUUAUGAGGCUGUUUAUAAUAGCCUUAAAUCCGGUCAUUUAGGAGGCCUAGGAAUCGAUGUUGCAUGGACAGAGCCUUUUGAUCCAGAUGAUCCAAUCUUGAAGUUCCCAAAUGUCCUUCUCACACCUCAUGUUGCGGGCGUUACAGAAUGUUCAUAUAGAUUCAUGGCCAAGUUGAAGGAAAAUUGGGUUAUCUGAGCAUGGGGGAUUGACUGUAUGACUUGCUUAUUUACAGGUAGUUGGUGAUGUUGCUAUUCAACUUCAAUCAGGAAAACCGUUGACUGGAAUAGAGUUGGUCAACUGAUGUUACCUGCAUUCACCUCAUGAACGAUUCCGUUGACUACGUGCAUUCAUUGAUGAAUGAUUAGUUAGUCUCCAAACAAACAUUUGGGGUUGACUACCUGCAUUCAUUGAUGAAUGAUUGGUUAAUUAGUUUUUGAACAAACUUUUUCGGAAAUGAAUUCAACAUUACCAAUAAUAUCUUGUUCUUAUCAUUAUGCAGCAGUAUUUGGUGUCGAUGGUAGUUCAUCUAGUUUCCAGAUUAUCUUUCGAGAUCAAUAAUUGUCUUGGAACAUUAUGUUAUUUUGAAUCUGUUAGUUGCGUUUAGUGAUUAAACCUAUUAUUACAUAAAAAGUGAGCGAUUUGU